AGUAAACUGGUAGAAAUCCAUCGGAUGGCGCUCUUGGUGCCUUUAGCUUGCGCACUGGGAGCUGUCCAAGGUUCUGAAACUACAGCGGAGCGGUUUAAGCUUUCCGACGCUUCCUCUGAAGCAGCCGAACUGCAUUCAUGUUCAUAUUUAGCCACAGAGACAACAUUAUCCUCAAAGAAGGUGAAAAAAUGUUGCCUCACAUCACAGAAAACGCCAGUCGUGCCGUUGAAUUGAUCCAGUGCCGUCGCUCGCUGCACAGGGAGUUCUGACGCGUUCAUUCCCCUCGCGAUCGUCAUUGAUACUUCACUAAAAUGUACGGAGAUGGCAUUCGCUGGAUUACUUCUGACGCUGUUUGCAAACUGUUAUGAAUGGGAGUUCAAUGUCACCAACUGAAUGACCUGCUGAUUCCUUCGCUCGGCAAUCUUCGGAUGCUUUUCUUCGAGCAACUUCAUCAAAGAGCUUGCAUUCAGAAUUAAGGCUGAUACCCUAAACUCGCAUAUUAAGAAACACAACCGGCAGAAAAUAACUCAAGUAAAUUAUGCGUUCCACAGUUCGUAUGUUGUUAAACAGUCGGCGUGAAAAAUGAUUUCUGUAAAUAGUGAGUGUAUAACUAUGACGAGAAGAUGCCUGCUGACGUUCAAACCGUUCAGGAUAUUUGUGGCGGGGAUUGGUUUCUUCAGUCUGUGCUUCUUAAUGACGUCUCUGGGGGGGCAGUUCUCGGCCAAGCGACUGGCCGAUUCCCCUUUCAGCAUCCGAACCGAAGUGUUGGGGGGUCUCGAGUCUCGUGGGGUCCUGAGGAAGAUCAGUGAUAUGUUGGAGAUAAUCAUGAAGAGGAUCGACACCCUUUCAAAAAUGAGCAACAGCAGCGAGUCCCACAGACUGGAGGAGUUGAGCUCUGCUCUCCACAGUUUCCAGCCCGUAGGUCUGGUUGAGCGAAUCCAGGCCAUCGCCCAGAAUGUGUCUGACAUGGCUAUACGGAUGGAGCAGAUUCUGAAGAAGACUAACAUCCCCGCCAGAGGCCGAGAUGGAGUUGCAGGCCAGUGCGAAGUCCCGAAAGAUCCCAGGUAUCCGGAUUGCGCAAGUAAAGUGGAUUGGAUGAGAGGCAGAUGGACAUCGGACCCUUGCUACGCCUUUUAUGGAGUAGACGGCUCUGACUGCUCUUUCCUCAUCUACCUCAGUGAAGUCGAGUGGUUCUGCCCCCCACUGGCCUGGAGGAAUCAAAGCAGCCACCCCACAACCAGCAGCCUGCCAAAAAGACAGGCAUUUUUCCGCUCUGAUCUGUCUCUACUGUUGGAGCGCGUUGGCUCAGGAAAAGAAUCACUAAGCUUCAUGAGGAGGCGUAUGCGCAGAUUGGCUGCACAGUGGGCUGCAGCUGCACGCAGACUUGACGAGCGCCUGCGUGGUCACCACAGAGAGCAGAAGAGGAUCCUGGUGCAUGUGGGCUUUCUGACAGAGGAAUCCGGUGAUGUGUUCAGUCCUAAAGUAUUGAAGGGUGGCCCGCUCGGAGAGAUGGUCCAAUGGGCAGAUAUCCUCACCACCCUUCAUGUGCUGGGUCAUAACCUCAAGAUAUCACUCUCAGUCAAAGAACUGCAAGGGUCACUUGGUGUUCCUCCAGGAAGAGGAAGCUGUCCUCUGAUUGGCCCGUUACCCUUUGACCUUAUCUAUACAGACUACCACGGCCUGCAGCAGAUGAAACAGCACAUGGGCCUUUCCUUUAGACAGCACAGGUGCCACAUCCGCGUGAUCGACACAUUUGGCACGGAGCCAGCGUACAAUAAUGAGGAGUAUGCCACAGUGAAUGGCUACAGGACCAACUGGGGCUACUGGAACCUCAACUGCAAACAAUACAUGACCAUGUUCCCACACACUCCUGAUAACUCUUUCAUGGGUUUUGUGACAGAAGAACUAAACCAGACUGAAAGAUUGAUGAUACAGAGGGACAAAGUCAACAACAUGGCUGUGGUUUACGGCAAAGAGGCCAGUAUGUGGAAGGGUAAGGAGAAGCUGCUGAGCAUCUUACACCGUUACAUGGACAUCCACGGGACAGUGUACUAUGAAGCCCAGCGGCCCCCUGAGGUGCCCGCAUUCGUCAGGAACCACGGCUUACUGCCCCAACAGGAGCUACAGCAGCUUCUGAGAAAGGCUAAGCUCUUCUUGGGGUUUGGCUUUCCCUAUGAAGGUCCCGCCCCUUUAGAGGCAAUAGCCAAUGGCUGUGUGUUCCUGCAGCCAAAGUUCAGCCCCCCUCACAGCUCCCUCAACCAUGAGUUCUUCAGAGGCAAGCCCACAUCCAGAGAGGUGUCAUCUCAGCACCCGUACACCGAACAGUACAUUGGCAAACCCCACGUCAUAACAGUAGACUUCAACAACUCUCAAGAAUUCGAGACAGCUGUUCAAGAUGGAAAGGCGUGCAAGGAGACAUGUCCCAGGCAGUGUUCAAGCCUAACAGACCAAAGAAAACUCCAGCUCUUCACAGAGUUUUAUGCUGUCUCUUACGAGAGGCAGCAGGCUAUCAUUCUCUCUGGUUUGGAGCAGCACAAGGUGAGUCGCAGACGACCACGUGGGCCCGACACUGAGAAUACUAAGAGGAAGUACACCUUCAAGUACCAUGUGCAACAAGGAGGCCAAAGACUUGCUGUUUGUAAGCUCACAUUUAUGUCAGUCUUUCAACUGACCAACAGUCGCCUACAGGUUAUUCAAGAAAAGUUAGGCAGUCAGUCUGAGGGAACAGAGCAGGUAGUCAGGUCUCCAUUAGAGGACUUAAGAGGAAAACAUAAGAACAGGCCUCAUAGCAUUCAUCCUGCAGUGAGAGAGGGGAUAAGAGAGCACAUCCUGAGCUUCCCACGCCAACCGAACCACUACUCACGGAUGAAGGGAGAUGUGGAGAAGUAG